AUGGAAGGCUCAUCGAAUUACAGGAUCUCUAGAAAGAGGAAAGUGUGCAUAAGUGAUGAUGAUGGUGAUAACGACAUCAUUGCAAAGGUUUACAGGUUUAAAAUCUUAUUACCAAACCGGACGAGCAUAGAACUGAAUCUGCGGAAUCCUGAUCCUGAAAUGCCUCUCAGAGACUUCAUCAGUUUGGUGAAGGAUAAGUAUUUGGUGGCUCGAAAGCGCUCUCCAUUAGUAACGAAGAAAAGGGAUAUUAACUGGAGCGUUGGUAAUCUAUUUCUUCUGGAUGCUAAUGAUGCAAAAGUCAAAGAUCCAGUUCGCUUCAAAAACUAUGAUCCUCACAAGUGCCAUUUCUUACGACUUCAAGAUGAGUAUGGCGAUAUUGCUUACACUUUUAAGAACAUGUGGGAUUUAACACCAGAUACUAAUCUGCUAUUGGAGCUUCCUGAAGAAUACACUUUCGAAACAGCUCUUGCGGACUUGAUUGAUAAUUCCUUGCAAGCUGUUUGGUCUAAUCAGGAAAAUGAGAGGAGACUUAUUAGAAUAGAUCUGGAUGGGGAUAAGAUAUCAAUUUUUGACACUGGCUCCGGAAUGGAUGACACUGAUGAAAAUUCCUUAGUGAAGUGGGGUAAGAUGGGCGCUUCACUUAAUAGAUCAUCUAAAUCACUGGCUAUAGGGGGGAAACCUCCAUAUUUGAAGCCUUAUUUUGGGAUGUUUGGAUACGGUGGACCUAUUGCAUCUAUGCAUCUGGGGCGGCGGGCCGUUGUUUCCUCCAAGACAAAACACAUCAAGAAAGUCUACAUGUUGCAUCUUGAGAGAGAAGCUUUGCUAAGUCCGUCUAACUUUGAUCUAACUUGGAAGACUGAUGGUGGCAUCAGGAAUCCCUCAGAGGAAGAAAACAGGGAUUCAAAUCAUGGCAGUUUCACAAAGGUUGAGAUUUUCUGUUCAGACUUCAAGGGCGACCUCGCUAAACUUCAGUGCCAGAUGAAGGACAUCUAUUUCCCUUACAUUCAGUGUGAUGACAUGUCCAAGACCAGGAAGACUACUACACCAAUAGAGUUCCAGGUUAAUGGUGUGGAUUUGACCGAAAUUGAAGGUGGGGAGGUUGCAAUCACCAAUUGGCACUCUUGUAAUGGCCCUGAGUUUGUUUUACAGCUUCGUUUUUCCUUUAUGCAUCAUUGUGACAGCGCGAGAACUCCUGGAGCAUCUCAAGAAGCAAAUGCACGUCUGAGGUUAGUGUAUCUACCCUUCAGAGAGGGAAAGGAGAAUAUUGAGAGGGUUUUGGAGAAGUUGAAGGCCGAUGGUUUUGAAACGAAAGAGAACUUCCAAAGCUUUAGUCGGGUCUCUGUUCGGCGGCUUGGUCGUCUACUUCCAGAUGCUCGUUGGGGUAUGCUUCCUUUUAUGGAUUUGAGGAACAAAAAAGGGAACAGGGCUCACCAAUUGAAGAGGUGUUGUUUAAGGGUGAAAUGCUUUAUAGAGACCGACGGAGGUUUCAAGCCAACACCAUCCAAGACUGAUCUAGCUCAGCACAAUCACUUUACGACUGCUUUGAAGAAAAUUGGCAGUAGGGUUCCUGAGAAAGAGAGAGAUGUUAUCGUCGAAAUUCGAAGAGCUGGGAAGCUUUUAACUCCAUUCCAACUGGAAAGAGAAUACCAAGAUUGGAUUAUUCAAAUGCAUGAACGGUAUGAUGAAGAAGUCGAUUCGGGUGAGGAUCAGCCACUUAUUAUCGUCUCCCCACCAAACAAAAAGGCACUCGGCAUCUCUUCUGACGUCGCAAGGGUUCAUCAGAAGUUGAAGCGAAAGGAAAAUUCCUGGAGCCGUGGGGAGAAAAUCAAAGUACUCAAGGGAGCAUGCCCGGGGCGUCGCAACAAUACUUAUGCGACUAUAGAAUAUUUCCUGCUAGAUGGAUUAGAAGGGGACGCUGGGGGAGAGGCCCGCAUCAUAUGCAGGUCAAUGGAUGUACCGAAUGAAAAUGGCUGUGUCCUUUCCGUCGAUGAUGAGCAUGCAAGUUUGGACCUUCGGAGUUCUUUAUCUUUACCUUUAAGCGUGAUUGACUCUGGAAAGCUUGUACAUGUUGAAAGCAUUGAAUGGGAUACUCAACUUAAUGAGAAACAACAGAAAUCUCCUGCUUUCAUCGAGUUGCUGAGUUGGAACCAUUGUCAGGAGUUGGAGAUAGAUGGGACAUUACCUAUUAAUACCCCGAUUUUUGCCGGUCAAGUUCCUCCAACCCAUGUUGUAGCAGUAGUUAGGCCCGCGAAUUUUAUGCCUGGCAAUACAGGCAAGUUAGACCAGAAGGGUAUUUUCAAGAGCAGCACAGAGAUGACAAUGGAAGUCAAAUUUAAGGAUGAAGGCCAGAAUUCUCAGGAUGUAAUUCUUUCAGAACGUAUAUCACCAGGAGCUCAUAAAGGGCUUAAUGGCUUAUACUUCUUUCCCCUUGGAUGCAAGUUACCCAAUUUAUUUCACAAAGCUGGUGCUUACGUGUUUUCAUUCUCUCUUAUCCAAUCAAGCUCUAAAAAUUGUGACGAAAGAGUGAUUGUGAAGCCUUCUACUCUUAAGCAUGUCGAACUCCGGUCACCAACACUGAAAAACCAGUUGCUUCCUGGUUAUGUGUUUAAGAAGUUCGUGUUGGAGAUGUUUGAUGCAUAUGGAAACCACGUGUCUAUCGGUUCGGAGGUUACUUUGUCUUUGUCAAAUUUCGUCAUUGAAGAUCACGUGGGCAUGAUACGAAAGGUUGAUGCUCGUGGAAAAAUUGACCUUAGCGGUCUACUGAAGUUGACUGCAGGUUUUGGAGAAAAUGCAUCCCUAUCUGUUCUGUUCGAGGACAAAAUAGUUUUUGAGCAGGAAUUUUCAACAGUGAGAAGGAAAUUGAGAAUUACAUCGAAGUUGCCUGAUAUCUGUAUCGCGGGCAGUCAAUUGGAAAACCUUGUUUUUGAAGUGGUUGAUCCUGAUGGAGAUGUAGAUAUGAAUAUUCAUCACGAUGAUAAGGAUGGCCAAUCUCAUAUGCUCAUUAUCAAGUCAGUGUCUUCUCAAGCACGGCAAUUUUUCCAAUACGCUUUCGAGCAUGGGUGCUGCACUGUCCGUGCGAUACCCAUUCCACUAAAUGGAGGGAUUUUUUGCUUUUCAGCCGCUCAUUCUCAGUAUCCGGAUCUAAGUAUAACUGUUGAGAUCCGUGUUGCAAAUGCUCCAAAAGCAGAGUAUGAUGGCAGCCAAUUUGCAUGUCUCGAUAAUAGUAUGAUGCAACUGCAGGACUUGUCUUUAUCAUUUAAUCAAGACAAGAAGUCAACGAUCUCCUUUGUAAAUGAGGAUGAGGAACUUCAAGACAUCCUCAAGAUUGGUCAAGAAAUUGGACAAAUUGAAACGUUCCUUCUUGAUCUUAAUAAUCUCAAGGCUAAAACUGAGCAAGAGGUGUUGAAGUUACAAGAAGGGGGUGGUCGUCAUCAAUUGAGAAAUAUAAAUGGUCUAUUCACCAAAGAUGAACUGAAGGAAAGAAUAAAAUACGUGGAAAACUCAGCAGCUGCUGUUAUCUGCGGUUUCUUGCCUAAUCAAAUGCCACAGAACUGUAUCAUGGACGAUAUAAUAAACCUGGUUGCACUUCUUGGUACUGUUCAGAGCCCUGAGCUUAGCAGAGUACUAGCAGAGUAUCUUGGAGAAGAUAAAAUGCUGGCUGUUGUUUGUAGAACCUUUAAUGCUGCAAGUGCUCUUGAGAGAUAUACACAAAGCGGAGAAGUUGAUCAUACCCUUGCUUUACAUGCUGAAGCAGCCGCGCUUGGAAAAGUCAUAUGUACGCGUUUCCUUGUUUUGGGCCUUGAAGAUAUAAGGCCAUACAAUGGGUGUUGCCAAGGGCAUGACCCUCAGAGGAAGCUGACCUUGCCAGAUCCUACCUUGCCAAAUGGAUGCGUGCCAGCAGGUUUUUUGGGUUAUGCCGUUAAUAUGAUUGAGCUGGAUGAUCAUUACUUGCAAAUAAGGACUGCUGCAGGGCAUGGGCUCCGGGAGACUGUGCUUUUUAGUCUAUUCAGGAAGCUCCAAGUUUAUGAAACAAGGGAGUACAUGAUGGCUGCUCGAGCCUGUCUAGAGGAUGGAGCUGUUUCCUUAGAUGGCGGCAUUAUAAAAGAAAGUGGACUAAUCUCUCUUGGUUAUGGAAAUCCUUCAAUAUGCUUUCCUCUUGAGAGUCCGGUGCUUGUCACCCCAGAUACUGGAGAUAUGAUAUCCGAGAUUGGGGAAUUGAAGGAAAAGUUGAUGGACAUUGAGGAUGAUAUAAGAAAAGUGAUUAAAUUGCGCGAGAAGUGUCUGAAGAAGUUUCAUAGAAGAUACAAUCGGUAUGCGAGGAUUCUGGAUGAAUCGGGGCCUGUGAUUGAAAACCAAUUGUUGGAAUAUAAACCCAGUACAACGGACAACUCAAAUAUACAUGAACAAGCUCUGAGAGCUGCGUAUCUCAAGGAACGAGUACACCCAGUCUGCGAAUUCGAGUCAUCAGUCAUGUAUCAACCGUCCCCCAAGCCUAUGGCCGUCCAGAAUUCCUCAGCAUUGGUGACAGUGGACUUGAAUGAAACCUCUAUAGAUGUGAAAAAUGAUGUGCCAAAUGGAGGUUUUUCACAAGCAGAGGCCAUUAUCCAACAUUCUCAGAAACUUCAAGGUGAUCUGCAAAUGUUGGGGAUCAAAAUCAAGCAGCGCGAGGACAGCCUAAAUUGUCUGAAGGAAGAGAAAAACAAAGUCGAUGAUUCUAUUCUUGAUUUGCAAGUAAUGGUUGGGAAUCUAUGUCCUAUAAGUACACCCAAGAUUGAUGAUGGGGAUAGAUGCCCCCCGGGGAACGAGGAGGAGAUAUCUGAACAGAUACUGCAGCACAAAGAAUCUGCUGCUGGUAUUUUCUGCCAGCUCAAACGUCAUCAAGGAACUCAGGCUUCUCAUCUUAUGCUGCUGAAGGAUGUUGUGGGCGUUGUUGCUACACUGGGCAAAGUUGAUGAUGAUAAUCUUAGCAGGCUUCUUUCUGAGUAUCUAGGAGUUGAAACUAUGCUGGCAGUCGUCUGUAAGACUUAUGAAGGGGUGAGGGCUCUUGAAAUAUAUGAUGAUGAAGGCAACAUAAACAAGAGUUCUGGUGUUCAUGGGCUAGGUGCCUCUCUCGGAAGGUCCUUGGCUGAUCGAUUUUCAGUUAUAUGUCUUGAAUCUCUAAGGCCUUAUGCUGGUAAAUUUGUGCUUGAUGAUCCACAGAGGAAGUUGGACAUUUUAAGCCCAAGAUUACCCAAUGGGGAGUGUCCAGAUGGAUUUCUUGGCUUUGCAGUGAACAUGAUUAACGUGGACGGCUCAAAUUUAUUUUGUGUGACUCCUAAUGGGUAUGGCCUCAGAGAGACUUUAUUUUAUAAUCUCUUUUCCCGUCUCCAAAUAUACAAGACAAGAGCAGAAAUGCUGCAAGCUCUUCCUUGCAUAAGCGAUGGAGCUCUUUCUUUAGAUGGAGGAAUCAUUAGAAGUACUGGUGUAUAUUUCUUGGGCAACGGGGAGGAUGUGGGUGUGAGAUUCCCCAGACCAAGAAAAUUAAUACCUGAUAGCUACAUGGAAACUGAGAGGCAGCUGAAUAAUAAGAAAAGGAGGAAGGAAAUGAUUCUUGAGGAUAUUAGAAGGGAGCAAACUUUGUUGGACAUCGCAAAGAUCAAUUUCAAUAAAAAGAAGAAUGAAUUUCUCAAGUUUUUGGCAGAAAGCUCGUCAUAUGCAACUCAGGUUCAGAGCGCUCCUGACAGAUUGAUGCCUAAAUGAUGAAAACUGAGCCUGCCAUCAGGCAAUGAAGAAUGGGAGCCUGUAGCAGCUUGGUUUAAUCAUUUAGCUUAUAGGUCGGUUCCAUGUUGUAAUCUAGCUCUGGAAGAAAGACAGUCUUAAAUUUUAAAUUUGGAAGAUAAACGUCGGAUAGCAAAGGGUGCAUCCCUUGUUUGAGUCAGAGACCUUUCUUAGUUAGAGUGUUCUGUUGAAGAAACAGAACUGGAUUAGCCAUUCAUUGGCCUCUGGUUCAGCUUUGGGUAAGCAGCAAGCAUAUCAGCUAGUAGAAACAUUCCUUUAUCCAUUUAGCAUUGUCUCCUCCUCUGUACUGAGAGGAGGUUGUGAAUAGUGUAAAUCUCUGUUACCUAGCUUUUUCUUUGUGGUUGUUAUGAAAUAAUUUUGUAUGAUAUAACUUUUGCUUUUAAUAAAAAUAAACCUUUUUUAGUGACUACCUAC